AUGAAUGGAGGGGGGGUGGACUCAGUAGGCGGAGGGCUGAGAGACUUCUUGGGUGGAGGAGGUGGUGAUUCGGUGGGCGGAGGGGGUGGGAACUCAGUCGAUGAAAAAUAUGGCGACAUCAGUGGUGGGAUCUGUUCGUGUGAGGUAGGUAUUGGCUUUCUCAAUGGAGAGGAAGGUGCCUGCUGUGCCAAGGGAGGUGGUGACUCUGGGGAUGGGAAAGGGUCUGUCUGA